AUGCCUUCCAAGACAGAGCCCAUUAUCAUCGUUGGUGCCGGCGCCUUUGGCCUCAGUCUCGCCCAUGAGCUUGCUGCCAACAGAGGCUACACGGACGUGACCGUCCUCGACCGCCAUCUCCCGCCCGUUCCUGACGGCAGCAGCGUCGACGUCUCGCGUGUCAUUCGGUCUGAGUACGCAGAUCCCCUUUACGCCUCGCUCGGCCGCGAAGCAAUCGAGAAGUGGUCGUCUCCAGAGUGGAGCGAACAUUACCAUGAGGCCGGAUUCCUCAUCUUCGCCAAUGGACAGGGCCACCCCUACUUUGACGCAUGUCUACAAGCGGCAGCUGUCAACGCCAAGACCGUGGGCAAGGUGGCCAUGAACAGUCCGCAGGGUGGCUGGGCACAUGCGAAGAACGCCAUCGCCAGUCUGGCGGAGAGGGCAAGCCAGGCAGGCGUCACAUUCAUCACUGGGUCUCGUGGCAAGGUCGUUGAGCUGCUCAAGGAAGGGAGCAAAGUAAAAGGAGUUCGGACAGCAGGAGGAGACACUCUGACUGCACCGACUGUGGUUCUGGCGACUGGUGCCUGGACAAACCGCUUCAUGCCACAGCUCGAGCACAACCUGUCCGCGACAGGCCAGGUGCUUGGUUUCAUUCAGCUCACGACCGAAGAGGCGAAUCGUUACAAGGACGUGCCCGUCAUGAUGAACUUGAGCACCGGUGUCUUCACGUUUCCCCCCACGCCGGACACACAUCAGAUCAAGAUCGCAAGGCAUGGCUACGGAUACCAAUCAAGCAUGAAGGCGUCAGACGACCGAGUUAUCUCUUGCCCGAGCGAUUCUCUCACCAAGUAUAUUCCACGUGAGGCGGCAGAAGCCCUGGAGCACGGGAUGGCAGAAUUCUAUCCAGAGUUUGCUGGUCGACACUGGUGCAACACGAGACUUUGCUGGUACACAGACACGCCAGACGGGGAUUUUCUGGCAGACUACCAUCCCAAAAUCGAGGGUCUUUUCUUCGCAACAGGGGGUUCGGGACAUGCCUUCAAGUUUCUGCCGGUCCUCGGGCGCCACGUCGCCGACUGCUUUGAGAGAAAAGCGCACCCUGACCUGCAGAAGAAGUGGAAGUUCCACACAGUUGGUGAGCGUCCUCGGGCGUUGGUGAUGGGGUCGGACGGGAGUCGUGGAGGUCCACCGCUGCGUAAGCUCAGCGACGCAGAGCAAGCCAAACUGUGA